AUGUUUGAAAAUUCAUCUUUACAGAACUUACUAACUCUGGAAACUCUGGGCGUACCUCCUAAUCACAUUUAUCCGGCAUUUAUUUUUGGAACGCUUACAUAUCUAAUUAUUGUCUUUUGCAAUUUGUUGGUAUUAACAACUAUUGCUGUGAGUAAAAAGCUACAUAAACCUAUGUUUAUCCUGCUGUUUAACCUGCCCAUUAGUGAUUUAGUGGGUGCAACAGCUUUUUUUCCUCACCUUGUUUUCAGCAUUGUGACACAGAACAGAAUAGUUUCCCCCCCUGCAUGUAUUGCUCAGGCUUUCUUCAUUCAUUUCUAUGGUACAGGAAACUUGCUUGUCCUAACUGCUAUGGCAUAUGAUAGAUACAUUGCUAUAUGUUGUCCACUGAAGUAUAAUACUAUCAUGAGUCCAUAUACCUUAAUGAGAAUCAUUGUUUUAAUAUGGUUUCUUAACUUCUCAAUGAUGUUUGUAUUGUUCAUGCUACUUAUACGUUUUAAAUUUUGCCGGACCAAUAUAGUGGAUUUGUACUGUAACAAUCCAUCAUUAGUGAAACUGAUUUGUGGGGACAUCAGCGGGAACAACUACUACGGAAUAGCUGGCUUGAUUUUUCUCAUGGGAGGUCCACUGUUGAUAAUAAUGUACACAUAUGCACAGAUCUUGCGUACAUGUGUUAUAACUAAUCACACAGAUGCCAGGAAAAAAGCCAUUCAGACCUGUGGCACACAUCUAGUUGUUUUCCUAGUUUUACAAAUCAAUACUACCUUUACACUCAUCUCACAUCGUUUCCAGAAUGCGUCUCCAUUUCUAAGAAGGGCUUUUGGAGUGUCUGUUUUAAUUUUUCCUCCUUUUUUGGAUCCGAUUAUAUAUGGACUGAAAACCAGAGAACUGAGAGAGAGUAUAAUCGUGUUCUUAAAAAGAAAUAUAUACAACUAG